AUGGUUGAUCGCCAGAACCAUUCUUCUGCACCAGACAAGACGAUCGCUGCAGCGACCGGUCGCGAGGAGAUUCUCACCCCACCAGCUGCCUGCCACACAGCUCAACGACCUCAUCGCGAUGACGACGACGCCAGAAGCACUGAUAACGACCUGGAUGCCCUCGAGCUCCGCAAUAUAGCCACCCAAGAUGACGAUGAGGCCGGCUUCUCAACCGAAUCAAUCUCCUCGGGCGAAUAUCGUAUCCGCACACAUCGGACCGUUUCCCGCACCACUCAUUCCAACCGGGAGGACACAAGCAAGGGGUUGACGGGACGGGUUCGUCGCUUUUGGACGCGAAAUGUAGUGUUGACGGUGCCGCAGAAGAGUAAUCGGGAUCAUUUCGCUUUAGAGCGAACUUUCUUAGCUUACAUUCGCACAUCGGUCAUGGUCGCCAUGCAAGGUGUGCUGAUCGCCCAAUUAUUUCGACUCCAGCAUUUAGCUUCGCCGGAUCCAGCAUUGGGGUUCUAUGAAGUGGGGGUCCCCCUGGCGGUUAGCUGUUAUAGCGUGGCAAUUCUGAUAGCUGCCAUGGGCGCGUAUCGCUUCUGGAAGCAGCAAAAUGUGGUGGCUCUGGGGACGGUGUAUGCGGGGGGGUGGGAGCUGAACUGCAUUGGGGUUUUAAUUGGGUUGAUCAUUUUGACGACCUUCGUUCUGUCCCUGGUUAUUACGGUCGAGUUGAAGUAUGAUGAUAACUAG